AGGUACAAGCUGGUACACCAGAUCAGGCAGCAGAAUUGCGAAACCUACUACUUCCGGUUGAACAGGUCCAUUAAUGUCUGAAGCAGCUGUGGAGCAGCCUCGAUGUUACAGGAAACACAAUGUGGGAUUAAAUGGAGUGCUGUCAAACCCUGUACAACCCGUAACUCAUUCAGAGUGUACUUCAGAUCAGUUGGAGAACCGCACUAAUAACAUUGCAAUGGAAGACCCUACAAGUGCAAUUGAACAUACAGCACAUAGUCUCAGAAGUACAACAGCGCGGUCUCGCAGGUGGGAUGCAUUGCACAUUCCUGGAGAUGGGACAAACACGGCACUUGAACUAAUGCCAAGAGGAGUCACACAGCGUACCCGUAGCAGGGUGUCACGACCACCACAUGGACAAGGCUUCAGUGCCAGUUCUGAUGAAAGAAUUGGUAGGGAGGUUGUUGUUUUGCAAAAGUGUGAUGAACAGCAGAGUUCACAACAACAAAGAUCUGACAGAGAUACAGUUAUACCACAACCAUCUGUUGGGGGGACAAGUAUGUCUCCCAUUCAUCAUGGAGAAGUGAGAGCCACUUGCAGUCAAGCUAUGGAUGUGAAUGUCUCUCACAGUCGUCGUACGGUGCCAAGUGAUAGGCAGGGACGUAGUGUGACGAGAGAUGUUCCGUACACUCGUGUUCGUGUAGCAAGUUCUCCUCGCAGCCAUGCGAGAGAGACAAAUGACACUCAUAGCCACAGUAGGGAGGGGAAUGCAUCUGCACCUCGUGGCAGAGAGGCGAAUGGUCCAACCAGGAAUGGCAGAGAAAUGAGUGUCACAGAGGAACAUGGUGAGGUGGCUGGUGGUCGUCAACCUUGCCCAAGACUCAGGCACCGGAGUCAUGUGAGGGAGACUAAUGCUACUCAGAGCCAAGAUAGGGAGGCAAGUGCCCCUGUAGCUCGUGGCAGAGAGGCAGACAGCCCAACCAGAAAUGGCAGAGAAAUGAGUGUUGCAGAUGAACAUGGCGAGGCAGCUGGUAGUCACCAACCUUGCCCAAGGCUCAGGCGUCGUGCUUUGCCAGACCGAGGUAUCAGAAGAAACAGUACAAAUCAAGAAAGGGAGCCUUACUCACUUCGACCAAGAGGUGAGCGACCAAAUUACAGUGUAGCUGCUGGUCAUCGUAGAAGAACUCAACCAAAUUGGCGGACACAAUUGAGAACACAGAUGAGGCAGUACAUGGAUGAAAUUUUUGCUGCCUAUGUGAAUGCAAUGUUAUUUGGAAAUCAGAAACGUGAGGUCAAGGAUCUUCCAGAAGUUGCAAUAAAUGAGGAGCAAGUUAACUCGGGUCUGAAAUGUUCAGUGUGCUUGUUAGAUUUUGUACUGGAUGAAAUAGUACAUAAGCUGCCUUGUGACCAUUUAUACCACAAAAAUUGUAUAAUACCAUGGCUUGAGCAGAAUGAUAACUGCCCAAUGUGCAGAAGGCCUGUUGAUGAUGAUGAUUCUGAUGAUGAUGACGAUGAUGAUAUUGAUAUUCUUCCGGAUGAUGACGACGACAACGAUGAUGAUCCAGGUAACCAAAGGGCUCGUUUCCGAAUAGUUGUUGGAGAUGCAGAUGUCACUGUUAUCGCUCAUGACAGUGCUAAUGAAUCUUCAGCCUCUGAUACUGAUUUCGAAGUAUUUAUGAAUUCUGAUGAGUACUGAAGCUACUGAAUAUUACGACUGAUUUAUCCAUUUGAAGAUUUGGGACACAUUUUUGUGUACUCAGUAUGGGAAUGUAUUUUCAUCAAUUCCCAUUACAUACAAUCAAAUAUAUAGACUGAAUGUUUCCAGAAUCAUUUUCAGACACUCUACUUACAACUGUGUUACAGUGCAAAAAGUUUUACAAACAGUAGUUUUUAACAGCAGCUGUGAUUGGAUGCUGUCUGAAUAAGAGGGAGGUCCUAGCACUCUUUCAACAUACCACGUAGACCAACGCUUCAGUAGUGUACAAUUAGUGAUUUUCUCCCUCUACUGUCCCCAAAUACAUCCACACCAAGAAUAACUUUUUGUGACUUGUUUGAAUGGCUCUUCUGUAAUGCAUAUGGAGAGGGGGGGGGGCUGAAAGCAGUUGUGCUGGGAAACUACUUGUGUAGUGUUUGUGAUUAUUAAA